UCUAAAUGUUCAUUUAAAACUUAAAAGUCGGGUGCCCAAUAAACAUUUUGUAACCGGGUGAAACCAUAGUUUGGGCAAUCUCAUCGUCCUACAAUGCUCUUCUUCUCCGACAACCUCCUUCUUCCCCGCCAUUGACAUCUCUCUGUCUCUCUCUCUCCUUCUUCCUUCGCACCCCUUUCCCCCCCUUCUCUUCAGAUCUAAUCUUAACUCCCAAAUUCAACCACCAUCAUCAUCUUCAUUGAUCAACAACAUCAAUUGAUAAUCAAAAUCAACAAAAUCAUCAAAAGAAAAAAUGUCACACACAAAUCCAAACAGCGACACAAUUCCACUCCAUUCCUCCUCCCAAUCUGACAUCGACGAGAUCGAGAAUCUCAUACACUCCUCCAUCCACUCUGCCCCUUCCACCGUUCUACCUGCCGCCCGGCCUCCUUCUCCUCCACGCGCCUCCAUCCCCGUCUCCUCCUCCUCCAACUCAACAACACCAUCUCCCUUUAUCACCUCCAAUCUCCCUCCUCCUUCCGCCCCACCUCCCUCCACCAAACCCCACUUCGUCCCCGCCGCCGCUGCACCUCCUCCUCUGCCGUCCUCCUCCACUGCUGGUAUCGCUACUUCCGGGUUCGGAUCUCCUCCUAACACGCUUACUGAACCUGUUUGGGAUACUGUCAAACGAGAUCUCUCCCGAAUUGUUAGUAAUCUGAAGCUGGUUGUGUUUCCCAAUCCGUACAGAGAAGACCCCGGUAAGGCGCUUCGUGAUUGGGAUCUGUGGGGCCCCUUUUUCUUCAUUGUCUUCCUUGGUCUUACACUUUCAUGGUCUGCUUCAGUCAAGAAGUCAGAGGUGUUUGCCGUUGCAUUUGCCCUUCUUGCUGCUGGUGCUGUAAUUUUGACAUUGAAUGUACUGCUAUUGGGUGGACACAUUAUAUUCUUCCAAAGUUUGAGCCUUCUGGGCUACUGCCUGUUCCCUUUGGACGUUGGAGCUCUAAUCUGCAUGUUGAUAGAAAAUGUGAUUUUCAAGAUGGUUAUGGUAUGUGUGACUUUGGCCUGGAGUUCGUGGGCUGCAUAUCCAUUUAUGAGUUCGGCAGUCGGCCCAAGGAGAAAAGCUCUGGCACUCUAUCCAGUCUUCCUCAUGUAUGUAUCUGUUGGUUUCCUCAUCAUUGCUAUUGAUUGAUUCGUGAGGGUGUGCUCGUCAGAUAUCAGCACCUACAUACAUAUAUAUAUAUAUAUAUUUCAUGCUGAGCUGGUUCUGAUUCUUCGAACAAAAUCUUGUUGGCCUGAUAGAUUAUCGAUACCCAAUUUUGUAUAACAUUCUAUAGCAAAUUAUAUGUGAACCUGGAUAACAUUCUCUGAAUGUUUGAUAUUAUAGUUUGUUCAGUUGAGAUAAUUUUCUGUGUAAUGACAAGUGUUUGGAAUUUGUAUCUGAAGUUCAGAUUUCAACGAAA